AUGAAAGAUAAGUCGCAGGAACAGCAGCCAGAACCCGUUGUGUUUGAUUUCCUCAUUUCAUCAGCAUUUUUGAGGAACACGCUGAAUGACUUCGUCCAAAACAAUAAUGUGCCUAAGGAGUCCACUAUCCGUAUUGAGUGUAUUGUACAAGAAUCAGCACCAGUGCCCAUUCACGAAAUUGAUUUAUCCGAGUGGGCUGAGAGCAGUGGCAUGUUUGCUGCAAGCUAUACUGUUAGAAAAACCGCUACUGUACCGGGUGAUAAGGCAUCCAUGAUCACUUAUAAUAUUGGAAGAACCACGCAAAUCCCGGAGCCCCAGGAAUUUUAA